ACGUGACAUCGUCAACGCUUCUUCCCGCUCGCUUGCUUUUUGAAAACGCAUCACAUCUCAAACGGAUAACCAGAAAACCACUCUUUGUAGUCCGACGAAUCUCCAUCCCAAACCCUCCUUCCACCCUCUGUAGUCUGUACAUACAUUUAUGAGAGAGAGAGAGAGAGAGAGAGAGAGAGAGAGAGAGAGAGAGAGAGAGAGAGAGAGAGAGAGAGAAUGGAAUUGGACCCCUCACUGAUUGAAAUCGUGGGCGAGGACGACUCCCUCGUGCAACAGAUCCCCACGCCCGAUCACUACUACUUCCCAUGCUCGCCUCUGCAGAUCCCGCGUUCCAGCGGCAACCCCGACCGCGCUCGUCUUUCCCCAUUCACGGGCUUGAAGGGUAAUGUGAAUGUAGAGAAAUCUACGUGUUCAUCUCCAGAGGGUAGUACGAGAAGUAACAAAGAGAACAUAAAUGGAAACAAAUCAGAAGUGCCGAAAUUGAGUGUGGAGCCACAACCAAUGAAGAGAAAGAAAAGGGGCGGAGCAUACAAUUUACGGAAAAGCUUAGCGUGGGACAGGGCGUUCUUCACCGAAGAAGGUGUUUUGAAUCCACUUGAAUUAUCUAUUCUUAGUGGAAGAUUUGGUAAUUCUAGCAGCGAGGUGAUGCCAACAAUACAAGAAGAAGGGAGAAAGGUCUCUAGUAAUACUGGCAGCACUAAUGAUUCAACAGAUAUGCAGGGUACGCCAAAAAUGCUUUCAAACAAGAAGAGUAGUAGGACUGGCUCUAAAGGUGGUGAUUGUCCACGACCCUUGGUGUAUUCUUCUCUGAAAAGGCCUGCAAAUGCAAGCACUAUCAAAGUUGCAAUGAAAGAAUCGAAGCUGCCCAAAUUACGAGUUUCACGGCCUGGUGCUCAUUCACUUCCUAAAUCUAGUAAGAGUAGUGUCCUCAGUACAAGCCACUCAAAGCAUAAUCAGAUUGGUCAAGCAGCAGAUAUUUUCCAAAAGAGUUCCGGAUUACAAGACUCCUCUAAAAAAGCCAUGAAUUCUGCAAAUAAAGCAAACUCUGGCUCAGUUUCCUCGAUUAUGGCUGGAAAAUCACCAUGUCAACCUCCUAGAAGAAAUAUGGCUAAUGUCGCUUUAGGAUUACGCCCAUCUACUGAUCCACAGCCUACACUGGCUAUGAAAGCUAAGCGUGGUCUAGAUGUGUUUCCAACUGCAGUACUUCCUCCCUCUGGAUCGCGUGCACCAGAUUCCCAUGAUGUAUCUAGGAAAUCUGGUAUUCCAACCACAAAACCUUCAGGUUUGCGGAUGCCUUCUCCAUCACUGGGAUUUUUUGGUCAGCCUAAGUCGUCUGCUUCAAAUAGCUCGUCUGGGAAAGCUACCCUGCCUAGUAAUAUUCUUGAGUCUUGUACCCCCAGCUUACAGAGAAUCAACACCUCAAAUUAUGCACAUGACCCAAGGCUGCUGCGUGCCCGAGGGAAAAUGCCGAAAAUAGAUAAUAAAUCCACAGUUAGUGGAAAUGCUAGGGUCUCAGACCCAAGUAAAGAAUCUGUUCCAUCUGCUGGUAAUGAUGAUGCUUCAGGUGAAAAAGGGAAAUUGAAAUUAGAAGGAGAGGUGAUGAAAUAUCAACUGAUGAAAGAGAAUAAAGAAGUGCAUAACUUCAUUGAUGAAGACAAAGGGUUUCAAGAAUAUAGAGAAGCUCAUAAAGACAAUAGUUUUUGUGAGGAGUCGGGCUUUCAGAUGAAUGACAAUAAUAGGCUUUUGCAGAGCGGAUAUUCUGGUCCAGUCAAAGAUACUGAGACGAAUGAAUUGGAAAGUACCAAUUUUGCAUCUCAAUGUAGCUUUGUAGAGCUGGCAAAAGGUGAUACUAUAAUCAAUGAUACGAUCAAGAACCAACAUAUCGAGGACGAGCCAUACAGUUUUGGAGUUGGAACUCAUGCUGUCAUUUUCAAAACUAACUCUGAUUUUGCUGCUGGCGAUAUAAAACAGGACUUUUUGAUACCGCAAAAUGAUAAUUCAAGUGACGUAUCGGAUGAUGAUGAAUAUUCUGGGAAAAAGGUUGAACCGAUGAAGGUUUCUUCUGACAAAGCUGAUCAAAGUCUUGAUGGAGAGAAACGCAACCUCAUGAGUAAUGAGGGAAUUUUGCUUGAGACAAGAAGUACGUUUGAUUCCCAGAGAUACCAGAGUGAGAAUGUUGAAAAUGUCGAUUCAACUAUACCCGAAACAAUUGGAAGUGAAAAGCUAAGUUCUAAAAGUCCUCCACGUGAAAGUGCAGCAAAUGAAUCUGCAGCGGCAGUUGACCCGUCAAACAGAAAAUUACAUGUGGAAAAUCACAAGUGGUAUAGUGACACCCAGUUUGAGCCUGAUCUAUCCUUGAUGAAGAGCAGAGAUCAUUUGGCUGGUGAUGUAACUAAUAUUGACUCCAUCGUUUGUUGUUCUUUGAGCAUAGAAGAGGACAAAGGAGCUAAUGAGUUGAAGAAGAAUAUCUCGGCAGAGAAAGCUGAAACUAAGUUUUCUUCUGAAAAUCUUCACAAAGACAACAAGAGAACGAAGAUAAAUGGUGGCAUUUUGGUUCGUGGGAAUAGAGCUCUUGAUGAGUUCCACAGUGGAGAUCUUGGAAAUAGUACGGAUGUUAGUUUGAUAAAUGGAAAUUCUAGUGGAAGCGAAAUGGAAAUAUGUCAAAGUGCAUCUCUGUUAGAAUACACAGAACAAGCUAAUGAAGAUGCAGCUGGAAAUGAUAAGACAACAGAUGGAUUAUGUUCCGAAGAUACAGAAGCGCAUUCUUUAGAUGGCAACCUAUUAGCUGGAAGCAGCAACAGUUGUCAUAGUAAUUCAGAAAUAGAUUGUCAGAGUGUAAUGGCUACUGCUGAUGUCAAUGAACAAUCUAGUGGGCUACCAGACCUGCAAAUGCCCAGCCUUGUAGUUCAUAAUGGUUUCCAGUAUAACCAUGGUUUGCAUUCGAAUUAUAACUUGUCGCAUGGAAAAGGCACUAGCUCUGAUGCACCCCAAGAAGAACAGGUUCUCGCAAAUGUUCCAUUUGUUCCAGAACAAAAUGCUGAUGACAGCAGUGAAUCAAAAAGUUUCAGUGCUGCAAUUCAGGUACCACUGUCAAUGCAAGGCAGUGGUGUUGAUAUGGUAGGUACGGCUGAGGACCAACUUCUGGAGCAUGCACCAUCAAGCUCUGUAGAUAAUGAGGCUUCAAUUGAAAAUAUUGAGCGCUCAGUUGAUUCUGGUUUAGGGAAUGACAUGGAGUUCACUGGUGAAGCUACUUCCUUAGAAUCUGAUUUGGCCGUGAUGAUGAGGGAUGAUGGUCAAGCUAUUGGUACAAGUGCUACUUACAAGGCAUUUUGUUUGAGAGAAGAAUCAGGUUUUGCAGAUCAGCAAAUUCAGAACCUGGCUAAUGAAACUGAGAUAUUGGACCCAGGAGUUGAGAAUAUAAAUGCUUUCUUGCCGGAUGACACUGGAGUUGAAAUUUCUCAGACAAAUAUUAGUCCUACUCCUACCGUCAAACUUCAGCACAAGAUGGAUAAUGCUAUAUGUAUCGCAGAAGAUAUGGAUAGAACUGUGCAAAUCAAGAAAUCAAGAGAUGGUGGGAAGCAAAACAAUCUGAUGAUAAACCCCCCUGUAAAUGCAGUUCCUUUCUCUGAUGAGUGGCUAGCUGCCAUGGAAGCUGCUGGAGAGGAUAUUCUAAAAAUGAAGAGUGGUGCUGUACAAAAUUCCCCUCCUGAUAGAUCUCUACCUGAACCAGGUCCAUGGUCACCGGUGAAACGGAAACACACCGAGAUUGGACCAUAUGAUUGUACAAAGUUCAACAUUCUACCACCUGACUCUGAUUAACUGAUCUAGAUUUCACUAUUUUGGCAAUCCUGACAUAUCAUAACAUUCUUUGUUAAAUGUUCAUAGGUUUGCCUUGGGAGAUGAACUGAGCUUAAAGCUCUAUUCGAUUCAUAUCCAAAAAUCCUUCUAACCUCCAAUUAGAGAGAAAAAAAAGAAGCUGUUGUAGGUUUUCUACUAGUGCUGCCCUGUUAUUAGGUUGUAGUAUUAUUACACGAACAAUUCUUGAAGUACUUCGAUGGAAUUUUCCCAUUAGGUUUUAGAAAAGUUGCAAUUCUCUCUCCCUCUCAA